UUUUCAACUAAACUCCUCGUUUCCCUCUCUAUCUAUGAAUCUACGUAAGAACCUGAAAAAUGCACCAACACAAAUUCACUCCCUUUGUAAUGAAACCCUAGAAAUCCAUUCAUUUCCCCCUUUUUCUCUACUCUUUAUCCCUCCCCUUUAAUUCCCAGCACACAAUUUUGUCUUCAAUCCUACUGUUUCUCUCACUUCUUGACUCCAAUACCGGAAUUUUGAAUGUUGUUUCCAGAUUUCCAACCUGGGCUGCUUCCAUCUUCUUUGAAUUCGCUGAUUCCGAGCUUUGAUUUUGCCUCUCCAAGGCUGGCGAGUAUUCGUAUCAACAAGUAUUAAUGGCAGAUCCGCCAAGUAUCUGCCGAGUUAUCACUGUUUUUGAUCAAUUGGUGUAUAGGGUUAACUUGCUGCUGCGACGUUUGACCAACAAUAAAGCAUGCUGAUCGUGCUCCGAGUGCAUCUUCCUUCUGAUAUCCCCAUUGUAGGCUGUGAACUCACACCCUACCUGCUCCUCCGCCGCCCGGACACCUCCGUCACUACUGAUGAUGUGCCUGAGUCGGCUCCGGUUGAUGGUUUUUUUCUGAAAUACAAAUGGUACCGGGUCCAAAAUGAUCGAAAUGUUGCCAUAUGUAGUGUACAUCCUUCUGUGCAAGCAACCUUGCAAUGCUUAGGUUGUCUUAAAGCAAAAAUACCUGUUGCUAAAAGUUAUCAUUGCUCAACUAAGUGUUUCUCGGAUGCAUGGCAACAUCACCGUGCGCUGCAUGAUCGUGCGACAAGUGCUGUGAGUGAUAAUGUAAAUGAGGAUGAAGAGUUAUUUGGACGCUACAAUAACGCAGGUCCUGGAGUGAUCAAUGCUAACUUAUCUGGUACAGUAUCAAGUACUAGCUUGACCAACGGUUCAACUCCUUUUUAUCCUUCAUCCACUACGCAAAGGAGUGGUGGUGAGACUUGGUUUGAAGUUGGACGAUCUAAAACAUACACUCCAUCAGCUGAUGACAUUGGCCAUGUCCUCAAGUUUGAGUGUGUUGUGGUAGAUGCAGAGUCAAAAUUGCCUUCUGGACCAGUUAACACUUUACUAACUUCUCGUGUGAUUCCAGCUCCAUCCCCCAGUCCACGCUGUUUAAUCCCUGUUAGUGGUGUUGAUGCGAUUGGGCAAUUGGAUUCUAGUGGUCGUUCUUUAUCUUCUGGUUCUUUCACAGUGCUCUCAUACAACAUUCUUGCUGAUGUAUAUGCGACAAGUGAAUCAUACAGCUAUUGUCCUUCAUGGGCUCUUUCCUGGGCAUACCGCCGACAGAAUUUGUUACGAGAAAUAGUUGGGUAUCAUGCAGAUAUUGUUUGUCUUCAGGAGGUCCAAAGCAAUCAUUUUGAGGCAUUUUUUGCACCUGAACUUGACAAACAUGGCUAUCAAGCUCUGUAUAAGAGAAAGACAAAUGAGGUUUACAGUGGAAACACACAAACAAUUGAUGGUUGUGCAACAUUUUUCCGUAGAGACAGAUUUGCACAUGUCAAGAAAUAUGAGGUUGAGUUUAAUAAGGCUGCCCAGUCGUUGACUGAUGCUCAAAUUCCCACUGCACAAAAGAAGAGUACUUUAACACGAUUAGCUAAGGAUAAUGUUGCACUGAUAGUGGUUCUUGAAGCAAAAUUUGGUAAUCAGGGAGCUGAUAAUCUGGGGAAAAGGCAGCUUCUCUGUGUGGCCAAUACUCAUGUUAAUGAUCAUCAGGAUUUAAAAGAUGUCAAGCUGUGGCAGGUGUCGACUCUUCUGAAAGGACUGGAGAAAAUAGCUGUUAGUGCUGACAUUCCAAUGUUGGUCUGUGGCGAUUUCAAUUCUGUUCCUGGAAGUGCUCCUCAUUCACUUCUUGCAAUGGGGAAGGUAGAACCAUCACAUCCAGACCUGGCAGUUGAUCCUCUCAACUUAUUUCGCCCACCUAGCAAGCUGAUUCAUAAGCUUCAACUGGUUAGUGCUUAUUCAUCCUUUGCAAGAAUGGGUGUUAGUAUUGGAUCAGAGAAACAAAGGAAGAGACUUGACCCAACAACAAAUGAACCCUUGUUUACAAACUGUACUAGAGAUUUCAUUGGCACCCUAGACUACAUAUUUUAUACCGUGGACUCCUUAACAGUUGAGUCUUUAUUAGAGCUUCUGGAUGAGGAAAGCAUGAGGAAAAACACGGCACUUCCCUCGCCAGAGUGGUCUUCUGAUCACGUGGCCCUACUUGCUCAGUUCUGCUGCAAGCCUCGAAUUAGACGCUGAUACUUCGAUGCAGUAUAGAUCUGGAGACAUUCAAGACAGAUUGAUGCAAUGAAAUGGUGUUGGAAACAGAUAUAAGUUCUUGUAAGGAAGGAUAAGAUUGGUCAGCAUGUUGUUUCCCAAGUAAUUCUUUUAAAACAGGAACCAUUCUCUGACCAAAUCUACUCCUAUAUUUUCAUUUAUUUCAUUGGAAAAGAAAAUUUAGUACCCUCCCUCCAUUUUUACUUCUGAUGUCAACGGGCUCAAUAUGAAAAGAAAUCAAAAGCCAUCAUUCUCUCCUCUUCCAUUUGUAUUCAUUUUGCUCCCACCAAAUGAUGAUGGUCUUUCAAUCUAUAUAGAAUUUUUUCCUUUUCCUUUU